AUGGUGGUCUUUGACAAGCAUUUGGACAUCAUAUGGAUAGGAGAACCUUUGCUCGAAUCUGACCCCAGUUGCGGCUUGGCUCUUUGUGACCUCUUUCACCUCACUUUCCUUGGUUUAGCGCUACCCGGAUUCGUAUCAUGUAGUGUUGAGAGUUCGGAUUUUGGCGGCUUGCAAAAGUUGACUCUAGAUGUCAGUGGAGAGACUGGUGAUUUUAUUGAAGGGAAGCUUAAUACCAUCUUGGGAGUUUGUUGCAAAUCACUUACUCAGUUAUGCUUACGGGGAAACGAAUUUUGGAAGCAGGUGCCAGAAUCAAUGCAAUAUCUCACUGCUCUUUCCAAGCUAGAGUUACAGAAUUUUGGGAUUGAAGAAUUGCCUGAAUGGUUUGAAAAACUCUCGCCACUAAGACAGUUAUCUCUGUCCAGUUGCAGCAAGUUGAAGCAUCUGCUCUCAUGGGAGGCAUUAGAGUGUCUCACUGAAUUACGACGUUUAGAUGUUAUCGAGGUCGAUACCCACACAAAUGAAAUCUUGGAAGGAGAUAUUUCUUUUGCGGCCAAUGAAGUACUUAUUAAUAGCCUUGUCAACACUUUCAAGCAAGAGUACUCUUCCUAUGGAGGUUACAAACAGCUGCGGUCACAUUUGGUCACUAUGCAGAGUUACUUGAAUGGCGUUCUGAAAAACUCCAUUUGCGAAGACAUUGAUGUGCAGAUCUGGUUGAGGAAUCUUCAAGCCGUGGCUUUCAACGCUGAUGAUGUUUUAGACGAACUCAACUAUCAUGCCAAUUAUAAGGUCCAAUCAAGCUUCUCAUUCUUUAAUGCACGUCAACCAACCAAACAAACACGUCAAGGAAUUUCUCAGUCUUUAAUGCACGUCAAAGAAAUCAAUGAGAAAUUCGUCGGUAUGAUCGAGAAGGCAGGUCAGCUUAAUGUUCAAAGAAAAACCGUGACACUGACAGGACCUGCUGCUUCAAGUGCUUCCUAUAAUUCAGUCAUCCCCGAUCCAAUCUUUACUGGAACGAAAGAAGAUGUGGAAAUACUAGUUAAGAAGCUCGUAACUUGUAUCCAGGGAGAAGCUAUCUCCAUCCUCGCGGUUGUCGGAAAGGGUGGGGUGGGAAAAGAAACGUUAACUAGGGAAGUUUUAAAUCAUGGAGAUAUCAAAGCUCGAUUUGGAUCACAUGUGUGGGUUCAUGUUUCUGGAAUUUCUGAUCCAGUUAUGCUUUUCAAAACAAUCCUUUCGAUGUUGACGUCAGAUACUAAUAUUGGUGGAGUUGAGACCGAGGAAGAUAUCCUCAAGGGGCUUCAGCAAGCUUUGAAGGAUACUACUUAUAUCCUUGUUCUUGAUAAUGCUCGGUAUGAAGAUGUUAAAAAAUGGAAAAAAGAUUUAGAUAAGAUAUCGAAAGUAACUUCUACAAAGGGAAAUGCAAUCAUCAUCACUACUAAGAAUUCAGAAGUUGCUUCAUUUGUGGAACCGUUUUACACUCAUAAUUUGAAUGUCUUAUCAGAUGAAGAUUGUUGGCUCAUAAUUAAAAAAAAAAAGCUUUUUCCAAAUGGAGAUGUUGAAUCAGGAUAUGAGCUUGUUGGAACAGAAAUUGCAAAAGGAUGUCAGGGAUUGCCGUUAGCUGCUAAUGUAGUUGGUGGAGUGCUUAAAGGUACAUCAAUGGAAUAGUGGAACGUUUUCAAAGAAAGGUGUCUCUCAGAUACUGAAAAAGCCAAGAGUAUCUCGAAUAUAUUGAAAUGGAGUUUCAAUCGUUUGCCUUCGUCAUCACUCAAGAUGUGCUUCGCGUAUUACUCAAUUUUUCCUAAAGGUUGCAAAAUUAUGAAGCAGGAGUUGAUUGAGUUGUGGAUUGCGGAACAGUUUCUUCAACCAAAUGGAGGACCAAAUGAUAUGGAGUCUGAGGCCGACACGUUUUCGAAUGUACUUGUA